AUGGCCAGACAAUUAAGGCGGCGAUCUUCUGUCAUGGUGCUUCCAGGGUAUAUUCUAACGGGUACUUCUGCGAGUUUCGGUAGUUCUGAAACCAAAACAGGCCAGCCCCCUAUCACUUGGAAAAAACUUCUUUUGGCUAAAAAUCCGAAAACUAGGCCUCGGAAUAUGGAUGAUCAAAAUGGAAAACGACAAUGGCAACGAAAACGGACUAUGAUUUGUGGAACAUGGAAUAUACAGGGAAUUAGAACGAAGGUAGAUGACAUUUUACAAGAAAUUAAAAAACAUAAACUGGACUUUAUUGCUCUCUCUGAAACAAAGAAAAAAGGACAAGGUACACAAACACUCGGGGAAUAUAUCCACAUAUACAGUGGCGUUAACAAAGAAGAACAUGCAAAAAGGGGUAUAUCGCUCCUUAUACAUGAGAAGUAUAAGAAGAACGUCUCCAGCUGGGAAGCAAUAAGCGAUAGAACAAUAAAAGUUAAUGUCAAUUUAAAAGGCUGCAAAAUAACAAUAAUUGCUACUUAUGGACCUAAUGAAGACGCACGGGUAGAUGAAAAAGAAAAGUAUUAUGAAACGCUAAAUGAGCUAAUAUCUCAGACAGGUAACGAUCGAGAAAUCAUAAUACUGGGAGACCUAAAUGCUAGAACUGGCAAAGAAACGAAGCAUGAGAUAAUAGGGCCCUACGGUGAAAAUACCAGGAAUGAUAAUGGCUCCAGGUUGAUAGAUGUCUGUCAACAUAACUUACUAAGAAUAAUGAAUGGGUAUUUUAAACAUAAGGAAAUACACACAUAUACAUGGACGCAAAUAACUAGAAAUCUAAGAUCAAUAAUCGACUAUCUUAUAAUGAAACAAAAAACGAAGAUAAAAGUGCACAAUGUCAGAGUAUAUCGAUCCGCAGAAUGUGGAAGUGACCAUCAUCUGAUAAAAGCUAAGUUAAUAAUGCCAAUAAUCAAAGACAACAAACAAAAGAAUCAACUGCAAAACAGUAAAGAUUUAACAGAUAUAGAUAUACCAAACUAUAAUAUAGAAAGCCUUAUGAACGAGAGCACAAAAUUAUUAUACCAACAAAGACUGGACCAAAACCUCCCACAGGAGUACGAACAAGAACCAACAGACAAUCUUACCAAAGUAGUAAUUGACAGCAUACACAAAGCAGCCAAAGAAGCCUUAGGAUAUAAAGAAAUGAAAAAGAGAACACGGUGGACAUUGGUGGACUGA